AUGGCUCGAGCCUCCGCCGCUCGGGCUGCGCCCUCCCCCAUCCUACCUCAUCCCCCAGACCUCGCCCCCCCGCGCCGCGCGCCGCUCAUUGGCUGCCCCCCCACCCCUCUCGCCGGGCGCACCGAGCCUGCCCUGCGGCCGCGCUACUGCUCUGACCCUGGCACCACGAAUGCGCUGCGUCUCGGCUUGCCUUGGUUGGGGCGCACCCAGAGAGCUGGGAGAAUCGCCGCGUCCCGAGCGCCCGCCAGCACAGUGGCCACCGCGGCUAGCCUAGGAGCACCCGGGGCCAGAAGGCUACACCAGUGCCAGGCAGUUUUGAGUUCGGAGACCCCAGAAUCUCCUGGCCAGGGCGAUUGCUGUAAUCUCCGCUGGGCACCCGCUGAAGCGAACCCCAGGAAAGGGAAGCAAAUGCAUGGAAGCUCCGCAAACUGGACAAGAAUCCAUCUUCCACUCGACCUGGGAAUAGACUUUGUAAAAGAUUAUGUAAUGGAGUCUCGGGAAGCUCGAGACGUCUCCAGCGAAGCUGCUGGUGAAUUAAUUAAGUGCUUUAAAUGGUCUAGGUGCUGUAUUAUGGGCGGGGGUGACUGGAAAGUAACAGCUGAACCCUUGUCCCUGGAGUAAGACGGAAUACUGGAUUGUUACAAGUCUUGACCUGGGGCGAGACCCGUAGUCGCAUGCAUCAUCAAUGUCAUCUGACAUAUGACAUUGCCUUUUUUGUUUCCCAAGCUUACAGACAAAAGUGAUGGGUUCUUUUUCUUUUCUUAAAAAAAAAUGUACUGUGUGUGUAUUAAUAAAGAAGA